GGCUCUUCCUUCCUGCAUGAUUUGGUUCCAGUUCACUUCAGAUGCACUCACUCGCUGAGGGCACUUGAGGCUAAUCAGAACAACAGAGAGAGAGAGAGAGAGAGGGACAGAGAGAGAGGGACAGAGAAAGACAGCACAGGAGGGACAAUGGAAGAGAAGAUAAGGAGUUCAUAAAAGGAAAAUCCUGUAAAGGCCACUUGACCCUGCAGAGAGACUCCAUAAAGGACAGAGGCUGAAGAGUUUUUUGUCUAAAUUUACCUGCAGUCCACAGAAUUAAUUCUAAAAUGAGAGCAGGGACGAGCAUGAAGUGUCCUCCUGCAAGGACGAGGUGAGGUUUAAGUCGAGGGAGCACGGCGUUUGCCUCGCGGGCAGGAUGAUAAUAAAACAGUGAUGGAGAAGGACAAGAGAAAGUUCAACUUGUUCAACUUGCUCGCCCUCUACCUGUCCAAAAAGAACAAGGCUUUGUCCGGCAGCUGCAGAUCGACAGCUGCAACAGCUGCAACAGCUGCAACAGCUGCAACAGGCAACGACACUGACACUUCACCUGCUCCAAGAAACACCUGGACGGAAGAUGGAGACAUCAAGGAGAUCAACAUCACCCAUGUGGUUAAAGAGGGCUCAGAGAAGGCCGACGCCUCGCAGUUUGAGCUGCUCAAAGUUCUGGGACAAGGAUCCUUUGGAAAGGUGUUCCUGGUGCGAAAGGUGACCCCUCCGGACGACAACCAGCUCUACGCCAUGAAGGUGCUUAAGAAGGCCACACUCAAAGUGCGCGACCGUGUGAGGACCAAGAUGGAGAGGGACAUUCUGGCAGAAGUCAAUCAUCCGUUUGUUGUCAAACUGCACUAUGCAUUCCAAACUGAAGGGAAGUUGUACUUGAUCCUGGACUUCCUCAGAGGAGGAGACCUCUUCACGAGACUCUCCAAGGAGGUGAUGUUCACAGAAGAGGACGUGAAGUUUUAUCUGGCAGAGCUGGCUUUAGGUCUGGAUCACCUUCAUAGCCUGGGCAUCAUUUACAGAGACCUGAAGCCUGAAAAUAUUCUUCUGGACGAGGAGGGUCAUAUCAAACUCACAGAUUUUGGUUUGUGUAAAGAAGCCAUCGAUCACGAAAAGAAAGCGUACUCCUUCUGUGGUACUGUGGAGUACAUGGCACCAGAGGUUGUGAACAGGCAGGGGCACAUCCACAGCGCUGACUGGUGGUCAUUUGGAGUACUAAUGUUCGAGAUGUUGACAGGAGCUCUGCCGUUUCAAGGGAAGGACCGCAAAGAAACUAUGAACCUAAUUCUGAAAGCACGUUUGGGAAUGCCUCAGUUCCUGAGCGCAGAGGCCCAGUCCCUGCUCCGAGCUUUGUUUAAGAGGAACCCUGCCAACAGACUGGGAUCUGGUGCUGACGGUGCCGAGGAGAUCAAAAGACACUGUUUCUUCUCCACCAUAGACUGGAAUAAACUAUUCAGGAGAGAAUUGAAGCCUCCGUUCAGGCCCGCAGUGGCUCGUCCAGAUGAUACUUUCUACUUUGACUCCGAGUUCACCUCACGCACACCUAAAGACUCUCCUGGCGUGCCACCAAGUGCCGGCGCUCACCAGCUCUUCCGAGGCUUCAGUUUCAUCGCGUCCACUCUGCUGGAAGAGGAAGGUUUACUGGAGCCGGUGCAACCUCCGCCGCACCCCGUGGUCCAGCAGUUGCACGGGAAGAACCUGCUGUUCAGCGAUGGCUACGUCCUGAAGGAAGACAUCGGCAUGGGCUCCUUCUCUGUCUGCAAACGAUGCGUCCACAAAACCACCAACACGGAGUACGCUGUCAAGAUGAUCGACAAGACCAGCACAGACCCGUCUGAGGAGAUCGAGAUUCUACUCCGAUAUGGACAGCACCCCAACAUCAUAACACUGAAGGACGUGUACGACAACGGUAAGCAGGUGUACAUGGUGACGGAGCUGAUGCGCGGGGGUGAACUGCUGGAUCGGAUCCUCAAGCAGAAGUUCUUCUCGGAGCGCGAGGCCAGCGCCGUGCUUCACACCAUCACCAAGACUGUGGAGUACCUGCAUUCACAGGGGGUGGUGCACCGAGACCUGAAACCAAGCAACAUCCUCUACGUUGACGAGUCGGGGAAUCCGGAGUCGAUCCGCAUCUGCGACUUCGGCUUCGCUAAGCAGCUGCGUGCCAACAACGGCCUGCUGAUGACCCCGUGCUACACCGCUAACUUUGUGGCCCCUGAGGUGUUGAAGCGUCAGGGCUAUGAUGAAGGAUGUGACAUCUGGAGUUUGGGAGUUUUGCUGUACACCAUGCUGGCUGGUUUUACUCCAUUCGCCAAUGGACCCGAGGACACACCCAAUGAGAUCCUGAACAGGAUAGGCCACGGUCACUUCAGUCUGACUGGAGGAAACUGGGACACCGUGUCAGAGGCUGCCAAGGACCUCGUGUCCAAGAUGCUUCAUGUGGAUCCUCAUCAGAGACUGACUGCCAAACAGGUCCUCAAACACCCAUGGAUCGUCCAGAGAGACAAACUCCCCAACAGUCAGCUCCCACACCAGGACCCCAAACUGGUCAAGGGUGCAAUGGCAGCCACCUACUCAGCCUUGAAGAACUCCCAACCACCUCCGGAGCUGAAGCCAAUCGAGAGCUCGUUCUUAGCUCAGCGGCGCGUCAAGAAGCUUCCCUCUACCUCUCUGUAGAGACUCGUCACGAGCAGUCAUCUCACUGGAGACUGACCACAACUGCACCCCGAACCAUCCCGUCCGCCUGCUCGGGGACUCACUCUUCGCACAUCACUACCAGCCAAGGAACAUUGACUGUGGUCCCUCCCUCGUUCUUGUGACCUCAGUUGUCCCGCUCUUGCUGUCAUCGUUGUGUUCAUGCUGGACAGCUGCUGUUAGUCAGUCUCCUUGGACAAAAAAAAAAAGACCAAAAAGAUGGAUGGGGUGAAGAGGGCAAAUAUAAAGUGGGUGCUGGGUUUUGGCAGAUGUAUUAGUCACUCAUGUCUGUGUGCGUGUGUGCGUGUGUGCGCGUGUGUGUGUGUGUGUGUGUGCAUGAGCUGCCAAAAGAAUUGACGCAGCCACGUUUUCUUUUCAUGACGAGAGUUCUCCUCUCCUCUUUCGCCGCCGCGAUCGGCCGUCGCUCCGCUUGCUGCACGCCUGUGUGUCCGCUCUUGUUCGUCUUCCCGUUCCUUUUGUAAAGUUGAUGAGCUUCAUUGUUUGCGGUCGUGCUGCCAAAUCAACCCUGUGUCGACGCCACAAAGGCCACGAGUGUUGUUCCGCUGCUGUUAAAUGUCUUUAAAAGGAGCAUUUUCGAUAUAAAUAUGAAACAUUUCUGCCAUAAAUGCCUCUUUGGCUUUGGUACAGCCAGAAAACAGGGAUUCUGGGAAAUGUCAAAAGCUGAUAUUUUGUUUGUGUGUUUGUUCUGGGAUAACGUCACUCUGCGCUUGUGUGUUUCUUUUUGUUUUGUUUAGUUUUUUCUUCUUUUUUUAAUGAGAGGGGUGAGUGUGUUCUAGUUGCAUGACUUGAUCUCUGAGUGAGUGGGUGUGUGUGUGUGUGUGGGUGUGUGUGUGUGUGUGUGUGUUUUGCAGGAUGCUGCACGGCCAUGUGCAUGGUCCGGUGAUGUGAUGAUGUCAUGUAGCUUCCUUGUUUUCUCUCCUUCCCUCUCUCUUCUCUCUGCUUGGUCCUGCUGGCAACCAUUUGAGAUGUCUGUUAUUUUUUAUUACUACAAAAACUAGUAAAAUAGGUGGCUUUCUGUGAAAGAAAACGUGCCCAGGGAACAAUGUGGCAUGUUGAACUUCUAUAUUUGCUUUGUUUUCUUUUUCUUUCACUGUGUUUCUUGGAUAAUGCAUAUUGGAUGCCGUUUCAUGUGUUGGCUGCUUUUGUUGUUGAUCGUUUUUUUUGUUUUUCCUCAAAAGAAAGUGGUGAUUUAAAAAUAGUGAAAGACACGCUGAGCACAUCACAGUCUGUGAACUUACUGCCGUACAGGUCUCUUCUUCUGUUAGGCAGAGAUGAUGGGCUGACUCUGUCCUUUAAAAAUGUCCUCAGUCUGGAGUAUCUUCAGCGGCCUCUGUCAUUCAUGAUCUUUGGAUUUUCAUUGGUUGUUGUCAACAAGGCUAACUCUUUUUUCUUGUUUCUGACACUGAAUUUGAGACGCCUGCAGAAGAGUAAAUGUCUGUCACUGUAAGUAGUUUCCUGCUUUCUGCUCGGUGCCUACAGGCCCAGGUGAGGCAGAACGUCCUGCAUGGAAAACGCAGGAAAACAAGCCAAGCCUGAAGAUACUGUACGUGUUGAAGGGAAGACCUGUACUGUGGCUAAAUAAUCUAUCAACCAGCUGUCUUACCUCAAAAAGGGAUCAAACUUAUAAUAUAAUUAUUGUUUGGUGGCAAAACGCUCUCUCUCCUUUGACUAAAUUUAUGGUAAGAUGUUAUUGUAUGAUAAAGAUGAAGAUUUUUAUAUCUUACAAAUAUUAAAAAUUCAGUUGCUACAACAAA